GGAUAACAGCAUCACUCUGAUGAGACGCACACUUCACACUUUUCAGGACCGUUGUGUUCUUGGAAGAAGACGACUCCAAUCCCCGAAAUCAUAACAAGGCACUAAGAAAAUGCAUCGGAACAUCAUCAACCGUCCUCAAAGCUGAGGGGGCAAAUGAUCAUAAAUCGAUUGCAACUAGUCUUGUGAAUGAUCUUAACCUGCAUACAUUUCCCAAAUAUCGAGAGCAGUCAUGUCCAAGGACGACGUUUGCAAAGUGACAUCUGCCAGCAAACACAAGGAGCGCAAACCCAAGAAGCCUCACUACAUCCCUCGUCCGUGGGGCAAGCCCUACAACUACAAAUGCUUCCAAUGUCCCUUCACCUGCAUGGAGAAGUCCCACCUGUACAACCACAUGAAGUACAGCCUGUGCAAGAACUCUCUGUCCCUGCUCAUCGAGUCAGACUGGCCCUACAAAAAGGGCAACAAUGUCUUGCACUCUAAUCAGCUGCGGCCGCUACAGCAGAGCCUCCGCGGGGCGGGGAAAGAAGCCCAGGACCAGGCGACACAGAUUGAGGAGGGGCAGCAGAGGAGCGUGGAGGAGCAAGUGGACGAUGGGGAAAACCAGAGACAGGAAGCAGAGGAGGCUCAGACAUUGGCGAAAGAGCGCGCCGAAAAAGGAGACGCUGGAGAGUGCAAAGCAGAUUCUCAAUUGUUAAUGGCAGACAUGCUCUCCCUGGAAGACCAGCUCCUGCGAGCGCGCUCUGUGGAAGUGGAGGCCCAGUUGAAACAUUACAAGACACUAUCCAAGACCUGUUUGACAGCUCCCGGGUCGCUCUCAGACCAGUGGCGCCUCCUAACCGCCACCAAGGCCAAAAUGGAAAGCGCUCAGGCGGGAAUGAACAGUUCGAUCCCUUGUUACCCUCCCCCGUCAAACCUGGCGGACUACCAGGACCCCAACGGGCUCAACCUUUCCGUACUCGGGGUGGGCUAUCCCAUCGGUCCGAGUCUUUUCUCCUACAUGAACUCUGCGCUUCCCUCCACUCCAACCCACGCGCAGCUCGCCCAGCUCCCGUUCCUGGCUUCUGCCGCCCAGCUGAUUCAUCCAGCCUCUGGCAGCCACACAGACAGAACUCUCAUCCCCUCACGGCUCUACUACCCUUUCCUGUGCGAACACAGCUUUGGACUGGCGUCCAGUCAGAGUGAUAGCAGUAAAGGACACAAAACAUCCUCAAACACUGUCGAUGCACUUUCUUUAUCUGGUUUCCAGCCCAAAGUCAAUCUGUGGAAAGUGCCCGCCUUAAGGCCUGGGGCCGCCACGGUUUCCCCUGUCGGUCGGAUGUCACCUCAGGGAGGUUCUUCCGACCCGGCCUACAGGCUGGGGGAUAAAGCGCAAGCCAAAGAAAGUAAAACGACUUGGGCUCUCAAGAGGACGGGCGGACCCAUAGAAGUUCCUGUCGAAAAGAAGCCGACGAUGGGCUUCCCUUUGGAAUUUCUCAAGAACACCCAGACAAGUCCUACUCUAAAUAUGACAUCAGACAAACUUGGUUCACAGAAUUUGCACCCCAAGACCAAGUCAUCAGAAUCCUCGUAUGCAGAUCAUCUCACCAGUCCAAAGAGAGAAGUAUCCUCUCACAGCGGCCAAGAUCCCAUGACCACGCUCCCCAGAGGGGACGGGGCCUCGGAGUCAGUGGCCACUCUCCUCAAUGACCUCUCAAAGGCCUUGCAAGAGUAUCAGGAAGCCGAGCGCAACAUCUCCCACCUGGAGAAGGAGGACCUCCCUGUCCAGUACCAUCUUUGGGAGCACCUGAGCAAAAUCCGAAACGAGCUCUCGCACAUCCAUCAAGCUCUGGAGCGAACGACUCGCCAGAGCGACGGCCCGUUGGACCUUUCGUUCAAGAGAGACUCCACCGACUCGAAGGGUUUCAGCCUGAAGGACACCAUCGCAGAGACGGACGAGGAGGAAGAGGAGGAGGAGGAGGACAAGGUGGAAGAGGAACGGAAAGCCACGAGAGCUUCGCUGGAAACUCGUAAGCAGUCGCUGGACAUGCUGAUCAAGAUAAGUAACCCCGGAGCAUCGGCGGUGACCUCGGACGUCCUGACUCAAGGAGCGCUGGCAAUCAGGCACAGCCCCGCCGAGGCCUUAUGGCCAAGCAGAACCACAAAGUGCGAAGCAGACUCCAGCGUGUUGCUCUGCCCCGACGGCAGAUCUGUCAUGUUUGCAGACAUCCCGUGUUCGACCAAAGCAGCUAAAAGACCGACGUCCAUACAGCGAGCGGAGGGGCAGUGUCCGCAGAGCCCUUUGCAAGCGGCAGACAAUUAAUCACUUUGCGGCCACAAAAAAUAUCAAGUUGUCUAAGGCUCUGUACAUUUCCGAUAAAAGACACGUCUCACACACGCACUGUUAACUUUUGAUUGUCACGGGGUUGUCGGCACAAUCAAUUUGAGAAUCAUUUCCACCACUUUGUGAAUAAUGUGUAAAGAAAUCGUACACUCUUUUAAAGGGUAAAUGAUUUUAUGAAGACAAUUUUAUGUCUGUUGUGAAUUCACUGAAAAUAACAUUGUAUUAUACACACUUUACUUGGAAUAAA